AUGGAAGCUGUUAUACCUACGAGAAACUUUACCGCCAGUAACACCUGUUGCAAGUUGAAGAAGUACAGUGGAAGUGACAUACUUGAAUGCUCCAGAAAAUUAUUGCUGAGCAGAUAUUACGCAACGUCAAAACAAGCCGCCAACAGCUCUGUCAAAGACUUUGGAAGAGUACAUAUCGCCCUUGUGGGAGACUCUCACAUGAGGGACCUAUUCGUCGCGAUGGCCCCAGCGCAUGGAGGGGGAGGAACUCUGUACACGUUCGAUUCGCAAAAUGUCACGUGGCAAAGUGUAGGAUCUCUGUUCUACCAGAUCAGAGCGAGGAACAGAAUUUUUGAUUCAAUGAGGGUACGACACCUAAGUUUUCCCUUGCAAGUGUCCUGGUAUAAGGACGUGGAACUCAAGGGAUUCGUCAGAUUGAUUGAGAAGUGGGAGACAGGUGAAGAGCCGAAGCCUGUAUUCGUUAUCACAGGUAAAAAAAGAAGAAGAAGAAAAAAAACUUUACUUUGGAAUGCAACCUAUAAUAGAUAUUCCUACUGAGUUGUGCCCCCAAAG